CAGGCAGAAAGGACCGUACCACAAUCAAACCCUGCGGCAAUCUAGACUAUUGGAGCAGAGCGGCCGAUUAAGUUGCAGGAGAUAGAAAGCUCAUUACAGGUUCACUUGUGGCCUAUAACCGGGGUAGAAAAAGAGAAGAGCGUAGCGUCUCCUGCGUUUCACUUCAUGGUACCAAUCAAUUACUUCCCCGACACCCGUCCCAAUAGGCCGAGCCUGCGGAGAGAAAACGUGAACGUUUGCGCAGACUCUUGUUGUGAGAGCGAGUGCGCGAAAUCCGGAUGAAAGAGAAGAGAAAGCAAGGAAGUUCCCGUCUUGGGCAACCGGAUGAUGAGGCUGGGAGGGAUCAAAAAUGACUAAUUCCAUAACACCUUCUACCUACGUACGUUCCCUUGGCUAUGGACUGAUGAGACAGCUGGCAGAUUUCAUUGAUCCACAAGAAGGAUGGAAGAAGUUAGCUGCUGAUAUAACAGAUUCAUCUGGUGUUAAACGAUACAACCAAAUGCAAAUAAGGCGAUUUGAAGCAUUAAAACAAGUAGGGAAAAGUCCUACAUGUGAAUUACUUUAUGACUGGGGAACAUUCAAUUGUACAGUUAGUGAUUUGGUGGACCUCCUCAUCAGAAAUCAGUUCUUGGCACCAGCAAGUCUUUUGAUUCCAGAAACUGUACUCCUACAUACAAAAGGAUCUUUUGUAGAAGGCAAGAAAAUACUAUCUGAAUUGCCACCCUUGGAUCCAAAUGAAGGUCACCUAACAUCAAACAAUUGUGAUCUGAGUUCCGAUAACAACAGCAGUCACCUUAAUGAUACAGGUAGACAGUUAUCCUUUCCAAACUUUAACUCAUCUGUUACUCCACCCUUGCUAGCCCGUUCCAGU